AUGGCUUCAGUUAUCAUUGGUGGUAAUGAUAGAGGCUAUGUUGAUAGGAAUGACGUGAGGGGAGAGACAGAAAUGAACCACUCCUUUGUGGAGGAUUCCAUCCACUAUGUCCUGAAUGCAAUAGACCAAGAGGACCUGCAUCUCCUGUUGAGAAAAGAUGAAGCAUGGAAGGAGUUUGUGGCCAUCGCUGAUGAUGAGGCAGAUGCACUUUAUGAAGGUCUGAAGAAACAUAAAACACUCACAGCCAAAGAUGUCGAAGAGAAGCGCCAGCAAGAACUGGCAAACCGGAAGAGGUUUCUGGAAUUAUAUCCGUCGGUGAAAAGGGAUAUUGAUCAGCAUAUAAAGCAGCUCUAUAGACUUGCCGACAGGGCUGACCAUGUCCACGAGGACUGUACCAUUGCCAAUGUGGUGGCUGACUCCACUGGCAUUCUGUCUAGCAUCCUGACUAUUGUGGGCUUUGGUCUGGCCCCAUUUACAGCAGGGAUCAGUUUAGGUCUAUCUGCUACUGGUUUGGGAUUGGGGGUAUUGGCUGCUUCCACCAAUGUAGUCAGCAGCUAUGUGGAAAGAUCUAAUAUGUCAUCCAUAGAAGCUGAAGCCAUGAACGUGGAAUCAUCGGAAAUCAAUUUAAAUCUACUUGGGGAGGUGAUAAGUGAUAACAAAAAUAGAUUUUCUUCUGUAAAAAAUAUUUAUACAGCUGUAAGAAGGAUUGCAAGGCACAUCCGUGCCAUGAAGUUGGCCAGUCUCAAUCCUCAGACAGCAGCUCAAAUCUCAGCCCAGAGCUCAAGUCUGAUAGGCAAAGUGUUUGGAGGCACUGCUAAGACAAUGACCAAGGGAGCCCGUGUCAUUGGUGGGGCCACCAUAGGCUUAUCCAUUCUGGUGGAUAUUUAUAGCUUGGUGCAAAAUUCAAAGGAUUUGCACGAGGGAGCAGUGUCAGAGUCUGGUGAGAAGCUGAGGCAGCAUGCUCAGGAGCUAGAGAAGAUGUUGGUAGAACUCUAACAGAUCUAUGAGAAUCUACAGUAA